AUGACUAUGCAUAAAUCGAUUCGAGGAUUUUACCGGAAUGAUUUAUUAAAGGCCCAAAUCUACACAGGAAAGAGACAGACUCACUGUACCAGGAUGGGCGAUAGUUUGGCAUUACAGGAUCCUGAAAAAGUGGUUUCAAAUCCGUUGACGAUGGAAGGUCCUCAACUGACUUUGAAGAUCCCAUAUGCUGUAAAUUUGACAGGUUUGAAUUUAACUCCCUGGUCAUGA